AUGGCCUGGCUGGGCUGGCCUGCGCCGUGCCUGUGGGUCGCCAGCUGCGGGCUGCUGCUUGUCCUGGUCCUGCUCCUGAGCCCCCGCAGCCGCCGAGCGCGGCGGACCCUCCGCUGCCUGUUCAUGGCGCGCAGCAAGCGGCUGCUCUUCCGAAUUGGGUACAGCCUGUACACCCGCACCUGGCUUGGGUACCUCUUCUACCGACAGCAGCUGCGCAGGGCUCGGAAUCGCUACCCCAAAGGCCAUUCCAGAACCCAGCCCCGCCUCUUCAACGGAGUGAAGGUGCUUCCCAUCCCUGUCCUCUCGGACAAUUACAGCUACCUCAUCAUCGACACCCAGGCCCGGCUGGCUGUGGCUGUGGACCCUUCAGACCCUCAGGCCGUGCAGGCUUCCAUUGAAAAGGAAGGUGUGACCUUGGUUGCCAUUCUCUGCACCCACAAACACUGGGACCACAGUGGAGGGAACCGUGACCUCAGCCGGCGGCACCAGGACUGUCGGGUGUACGGGAGCCCUCAGGACGGCAUCCCCUACCUCACCCAUCCCCUGUGUCAUCAAGAUGUGGUGAGUGUGGGACGGCUUCAGAUCCGGGCUCUAGCCACCCCUGGCCACACACAAGGCCAUCUGGUCUACUUGCUGGAUGGGGAGCCCUACAAGGGUCCUUCCUGCCUCUUUUCAGGGGACCUGCUCUUCCUCUCUGGCUGUGGACGGACCUUUGAGGGCACUGCAGAGACCAUGCUGAGCUCGCUGGACACUGUGCUGGGGCUGGAAGAUGACACUCUGCUGUGGCCUGGUCAUGAGUACGCAGAGGAGAACCUGGGCUUUGCUGGUGUGGUGGAGCCUGAGAACCUGGCCCGGGAGAGGAAGAUGCAGUGGGUGCAGAGGCAGCGGAUGGAGCGCAAGAGCACGUGCCCGUCCACCCUGGGAGAGGAGCGCUCCUACAACCCGUUCCUGAGGACCCACUGCCUGGUGCUGCAGGAGACUGUGGGGCCUGGCCUGGGCCCCGCUGAGGACGAUGGCUGCUCCCGGGCCCAGCUCCUGGAGAAGCUCCGCCGGCUGAAGGACCUGCACAAGAGCAAGUGAUGUCCCCCAGCACCCCCCCAGCCCACCCGCAUGGUGGGGAGGCCGCCCAUCGCCCACACAAACCACCCUCAUUGCUACCAACACCACCUCUGUCAGUGCCACGGUGGGCAUCAUUCCCCAACACUCGUCGUGGAGACAAGGCGGGGAGACCUUGAGGCCCAGGGAAGGGACUGCUCCAAGGCUUGUGCUCUGACUGGGAAUCAAACCAUGACCUCCUAGUUCAUGGGUCAAAGCUCAACCACUGAGACUCCAUGGGGUGAGGCUGAGCUGUCAAGCCUAACAGGAAAGGAGGGGCCCUGGGCAUCUCCAGACCUAACUGAAAGGGUCCCCUGCUCCCUCCCCGUUCCUGCGCUGGCAGUGAGCACCUGGAGGCUGCGAUGAGCCCCUCCCUCAGGAGGCAGCGCUCUCGCUGCGGCCACUAAGCCCAGGCCACAGGAGCCGUGAACAGGUUGAGUGCAUCCCCCUUCUCCCAUUCAGGGUUGGGAAACUCAGUCUCCCCAGGUGGGCUCUGGUUUACUGAAACACUGCCCCUCCUCCCCCAGCCUCCCCACGCUGCCCCAUCCCAUCCUGACCCCACAAAGGCAUUUUUCAACCGAGCCAUUUCUGAGAAAGGUGAAAGGGCUGGAAGUCUGGCUGGCUGUCCAGUCUCAGCCUCAGUGGCUUCCCUACAGCCUGGAAGAGGGAGGGUCCUGGUUGCCAAGGAAACCUUGACUUCAGGCUCAGGAGACACCUGAGGGUGCUGGAUUGCAGCCCAGCAGUCUUGUAGGUCACACGGGCUCCCUGCACAGCUGGCCUGGUCCUGCCCGCUGGCCUCUGCCCCUGCCCUGGGCCAACAGCCCCUCCCUUCCAGGCUCUGAGAGAGAGCCAUCGUCCGCCAUGGCCCACAGCUUUCUCAUUAUGGCCCUUAUUCUUAGGAACUUCUGCCUCCUCUAACUUCUGCUUUAUCCUCAGCCCCUUUCCUCUUUUAGUUAUUAACAACAUUCAUCUGGCCCCUUGCCAUUUGCCAAGAACAUUCUGUGUCAUUUCUCAUUUGGUCCUUGGCCCCAUCCUGGCUGGGGGAGGGGCCUGUGAGGCAGAGUUCAGAAAUGGAAACCUGGGAGCAGAGGCCUCUCAAGGGAAUGGCAGCUUCCAGGACCCCAGGCCUUGGCCCUGCCCUCUGCUCAGCCCUCCCUCAGCUGUGUCUCUUUUGGUCUUGGGUCCAGGUUCCUUUGGGGCCUCAUGAGGAACCCUAUGGCCCUCAAGCAGGCGUACCUGGGUCAGCCAGGGGCCUUGUCUUCCUUCCUUCCUCAGGCUCUGCUCACCUCUGGCGAGCCUCCAAGAUGCCCCGUGCCCUCAGUUUCUCCUCAUCAUCCGGCCUCUGCCUCCCUCUCUAGCCACAGCCUCUAGUACCAACUCUAGCAAUACUACCGGAAUAGAGUUCCCCGCACCCCAAGAUAUGCAGUUUCCUGCCUCUGUGCCUUCGCUCAUGCUGUUUCUUCAGACUGGAAUGCCUUUCCCUGCUCCUCUUGCCUUGUCUGCCUGGCAAACACCUGUUCAUUCUUCACAAUCCCCCUCAACGGCCCCCUCCUCCAGGAAGACAACCCCAUGCUCCCUCC